CUAGAGUAAAGAUUAAAGUCAUUAAAUUAAACUAUUAUAGUUCAAUUUUUUUAAAAGAUGUUGCGAUAUGUACGCUGUGCCAUGAAUGAAUCAAUAAAAAAAUGCACUGGUGCAUUCAUUUUCUUACAUGGAUCAGGUGGAACUGGAGAAGAUUUACAAGGAGACAUCAACUAUAUUUCUAAUGGUGUGUUUUCAUUUCCACAUGUGAAAGUUAUCUUCCCAACAGCCCCUUUAAUGCCCUAUACUCUAGGAGGAGGCUACCCAGUAAAUGUUUGGUUCGACAGAGUUUCUCUUGACCCUGAUGGCUCAGAAUGUUUGUCUUCCAUAGAUGCUAUGGCUGAACAAUUGAAAAACAUAGUAGAAGCUGAAGUUAGUUCAGGCAUCCCUAGAAACAGAAUUGUUGUAGGAGGAUUUUCCAUGGGAGCUUCAAUGGCUCUACAUUUAGGACUUCGGCAUCUACCUGAUAUAGCUGGAAUUGUUUCCCUUAGUACUUUUCUCUACAACAACAGUGAAGUUUAUAAAAAACUGGAAGCCAAAGAUCAAAUUCCUCCAGUGUUAUUUUGUCAUGGAGAUGGAGAUGAGCUAAUAGACUUUAAGUGGGGUCAGAAUAUGUACAAACGUUUAACUCAACUUGGUGUUGUGGGAAACUUUCAUAAAAUGACAAAUUUAGAUCAUUCUAUAAAUGCCACAGAGUUAAGACUAGUGAGAUCAUGGGUGACUGAAAGAAUUCCUCUUAUUGAUUGACAAGUUGGAUGUUAAAUAUAAAUUGGUAUAGCAAGAUGGAGGAUAUUAUGUAAAAUACAAACUACCUUUAUUGUUGCCUUUCGAUUACUGUGCAUUAAAUAAACACAAUGUCAUAAUUGAUAAAUUAUGUUGUAUGGAGGCCAAGGUGAAGUAUAUUUCAAACCUUCAUUGUAAACUGAUUUUUAAAAGUUUAUAUUUUUCUAGGACACAUUGUCCAAUACUUUGUAUGCCUUGUUUUGCACUUGUCCUUCGGACAUGUUAUAAUUGUUUUCCAUAUAUAUGUUUAUACAAAUAAAACAAUGUC